ACAUUGUAACUUAUCAUUAACUAAAACAGCUCAACUACGCACUCAUGGAGGAACAUACAGAAGGUAUUGUCCCCCUGAAUCUGGACUUGCUAAUGAUCCCUUCGUGGCCAAGGUCACUGUGUCCUUCGACUGCGUGCCAUGCUCGCCGUCCCAUUAUGAUUUGGUUUUCUUUUCUUUGUUUUUAAUUCCCUAAUGUGGUAGCGCUCAGUCAGAGUUUGGUCUCACUUGUUGUGUCCAUGACUGGCAAAGGAUCUACAAAUGCUUUUUCUUCAUUCCAAAUUAACAGUCAGGAUGUCUGGGAUGCGGACGAUGGGGAGUACCUUCAGAUAAUAUCAUAUAAAGCCGCUAAGAAGGCGGCUGAGAAAGUUUUAGAGUCUCAUAAAUUUGAGGCGCAGUCGGCUGAGACAGGCUCAAAUCGUACAACUCAGAACGGCCCAACUUCGACACACACUGAACAUUCGUCCGUAAGUUCUUUGGUGAAGCAGGCACCGGGCAUGGGAGUGCGUCUGCGAGCUUCUCCAGAUGAUCGUCCCCCGGUUCAUCAGCGGUUACUGGACCUCGGACGAGUACAACGUUUCCGUGCUUGCAUCAACUCUCCGGUGACAGAUUUGGGUUCCCUGCGCCAGUUGGCUUGGUCAGGGGUGCUUGGAGAACUUCGUCCCGUUGUGUGGAAAUUACUCUGUGAUUACUUACCAGCGUGCAAAGAACGUAGAACCUCUGCCCUGACCGAGAAACGCAGACAGUACGCAUUGUUUGUGGAGCAAUAUCAUCAUCUCCGUGAGCAACCCUCGUGUAAAUCCAUGUUCCAUCAAAUCCAGAAGGAUCUCACCCGCAUGACAUUGCUCUAUCGACGUCCCGAUCUGCUCGCUAUGUUUGAACGCAUCCUGUUUAUCUGGUCAACGAGGCAUCCAGGCAGUGGAUACGUGCAAGGCAUCAAUGACUUGCUCACUCCCUUUUUCGUGGUCUUUCUGGCCGAGUACACCCACGUCGAUAUCUCUAGCGCAAUCGAUUUAAAUACGUCGGGCGAACUCAGUCUGGAAUAUAAUCUGGACAAGACUCACCUUGACACUGUCGAAGCUGACGUGUUCUGGUGUACCUCCCAUCUGUUGGACACUAUUCAAGACAAUUACACAUUUGCUCAACCCGGUAUCCAACACAACGUGUCCAUGUUAGCAAGUCUGAUCGAACGAGUGGACAUCUCGUUACAUCGUCAUUUGGUCACUAACGGUGUGGAAUAUUUGCAGUUUGCAUUCCGUUGGAUGAACAACUUGCUGAUUCGGGAGCUACCGUUGCGAUGCAUUAUUCGUUUAUGGGACACUUACAUGGUGCGUUACGAGGGCGAUAUUACGUCGUUAUGA